CACAGCGGGCGAGGCGCUAGAGGCGGAGGCGCAGGGAGGCGCCAGGUUUGCUCCUGGGGUCUCAGCCUUGGCCGGCUGGACCUGACCCUACGGCGGCUUGCGCAGCUGUCGGGACGUGACUGCGUUCAGCCGCGUUGGGCGUGCUUCCCAAACUUGCCCAGGUUCGGGUGCCCUAGCUGCCCCUUUGCAGCGGCUGGCCUAUCCCGCCCGCGGGUGAGAAGGUUGCGACGGGAGGUGGGUGGAACUCGCCAGCACCGGGACCGCGGAUUGGCUGCCUCGGCCUUCUCUUUUCCCCGUGGGCUCCGGCGUGAGGCGCUGAAGCGGCAAGCGGCCGGCCGCCGGCCCUCACCGUCGGCCGGGUUGCGCUUUGCUUUUGUGGUGAGGCGUUGACCACGCCCAUAUGAAUUGGAGCUCUCCGCCAGCAGGAACUUCCGGAAGGAGUUUGAAUUUUUGUGAUUUUUUUGCUUGUUUGGUCGGUGGAAUAUGUUGGGAUUUAUGUUUGCCUCUGAACAAGUGUCUUGCUCACAUCGUAAAUGACUUUCUCUCCGAAACGCUAAAUAUUCUCUCCCGCAGGAGCUCAUAUCCUUAUUUUCCAUGACAGAUCUUAACGACAAUAUAUGCAAAAGAUAUAUAAAGAUGAUAACUAAUAUAGUUAUAUUGAGCCUGAUCAUUUGCAUUUCGUUAGCUUUCUGGAUUAUGUCAAUGACUGCAAGCACCUAUUAUGGUAACUUACGACCUAUUUCUCCGUGGCGUUGGCUGUUUUCUGUUGUUGUUCCUGUUCUGAUCAUCUCUAAUGGCCUUAAAAAGAAAAGUCUAGAUCACAGUGGGGCUCUAGGAGGGCUAGUGGUUGGAUUUAUCCUAACCAUUGCAAAUUUCAGCUUUUUUACCUCUUUGCUGAUGUUUUUCUUGUCUUCUUCAAAACUCACUAAAUGGAAGGGAGAAAUGAAGAAGCGUCUAGAUUCAGAAUAUAAGGAAGGUGGGCAAAGGAAUUGGAUUCAGGUGUUCUGUAAUGGAGCUGUACCCACAGAACUGGCCCUGCUAUACAUGAUAGAAAAUGGCCCCGGGGAAAUCCCAGUUGAUUUUUCCAAGCAGUACUCUGCUUCCUGGAUGUGUUUGUCUCUCUUGGCUGCACUGGCCUGCUCUGCUGGAGACACAUGGGCUUCAGAAGUUGGCCCAGUUCUGAGUAAAAGUCCUCCAAGACUGAUAACAACCUGGGAGAAAGUUCCAGUUGGUACCAAUGGAGGAGUUACAGUGGUGGGCCUUGUCUCCAGUCUCCUUGGUGGUACUUUUGUGGGCAUUGCAUACUUCCUCACACAGCUGAUUUUUGUGAAUGAUUUAGACAUUUCUGCCCCGCAGUGGCCAAUUAUUGCAUUUGGUGGUUUAGCUGGAUUACUAGGAUCAAUUGUGGACUCAUACUUAGGGGCUACAAUGCAGUAUACUGGGUUGGAUGAAAGCACUGGCAUGGUGGUCAACAGCCCAACAAAUGAGGCAAAGCACAUAGCAGGGAAACCCAUUCUUGAUAACAAUGCAGUGAAUCUGUUUUCUUCUGUUCUUAUUGCCCUCUUGCUCCCAACUGCUGCUUGGGGUUUUUGGCCCAGGGGGUGAACUUUAUUUCAUUUCCACAGGUUGAAACUGAAUGGGCAGUUCAUGUUAAAAUCACUUUUCAUGGAAAGAGCUCUAUGUAACAGUAUAAUAAAACUGCCUACCUAGCAGCAUAAAGGUGUACUAUUUCUUAUCAUACUGUUCCAUGAUAGAAGAGAGCAGAUAUAUGUGGCUUGGGGCAGCUCCUGAAGAAGACUUCCAGGAGUAGCAUGUUGAAAACUCGUUAAAUGGAGCCACCAGGAGACCAAAGAAUUGAUACAGCAGGUCAUUCUAUUAUUAGCUUUUCUCAUUACUUGAGUUAUCUGUUUCUCAUAUAUAUCUUUCCUGUUUCUAGCUGCUGUACACAUAGGAUGCUGCCUGCAGAAAUACCAGCCCCGCCCCAAUUAGGUAAAGGACUAGUAUAGAGAAAAAGCAUGUGAAAUGAUGUUUUAAACUUUGCCGCAUACCUGUGAUGUGAACAGCUGCUGCCUGUUAGGCACAGUGGGUAUACUAGGCCCCAAUCAUCUGAUCUUCCUGAUGUUUUAUCUAAUGUUCCCAGUGCUAUCACAAUGAGAAUGAUCUAUACUAGCCACCAGAUCUCAGGUGAAUUGUGGUGUGCUUUAAAAAUGAAAACACAGCCGGACAAGGUGGCUCAUGCCUGUAAUCCUAACACUUUGGGAGGCCGAGGCGGGCAGAUCACGAGGUCAGGAGUUCAACACCAGCCUGGCCAACACAGUGAAACCCCGUCUCUUAGCCGGGCAUGGUGGCACAUGCCUGUAGUCCCAGCUAUUCAGGAGGCUGAGGCAUGAGAAUCACUUGAACCCAGGAGGCAGAGGUUGCAGUGAGCAGAGAGCGUGCCACCGCACUCCAGCCUGGGUGACAGAGUGAGACUCCAUCUCGAAAAAAAAAGGAAAACACAAUUAUGUGGCUUAAUUAUUUAAUCUCCUUUAUGGAGUAUCUGUUUUUAUAACUCCAAGUGGUUCUUGAUAUUUUUAAAAUACUUCAGCAUUCAAUAUGUAUUCAUUGAAUUAAGUUGUUUGACUCUAACCAUUGUUUCUUUUAAGAAUGACUGGAAGGUGGUAAUCAGCACCAUAUUCCCAGAGAAAAAUACAAAAUGAAAAACCAGUUUGGCUACCUGAAUUUCUGAGAACUGGAAUGUUUCCAGCAUUUUUCAAUCAUGCAAAACAAUAUUAAUGGUUUUGAAACUAAUGAGUCAGGAAAUUAUUGAAGAAGUGAAGGAGUGGCAGGGCAAGGCUUGAAAUUAUUUUCCCUGACAAGACUUAACUCUCCAUUUAUCAUAACUACCCUCUUCAAAAAAAAAAAUUUUUUUUUUGUAGAUGUAAUCAUGAAUCCAGACAAGAUUUAUUUUUAUUUAUUUUUUAUUUUUUUGAGACAGGGUCUUACCCUAUUGCCCAGGCUGGAGUGCAGUGGCACGAUCAUAGCUCACUGCAGCUUCAACUUCCUCAGCUCAAGUCAUCCUCCCGCCUCAGCCCCCAAGUAGCUGGGACUACAGACUUGCACUACUACACCUGGCUACUUUUUUCUUUUUUUUUUUAAUUUUUUGCAGAGAUGAAUCCAGACUAUGUCCUAUGUUGUCCAUAAUGGGCUUGAACUCCUGAGCUCAAGUGAUCUUCUCACCUCAGCCUCCCAAAGUGUGAGAUUACAGGUGCAAGCCACCACACCCAGCCAAAAAUUUAUUUUAUAAAUAUGGCAACUCUUCUUUUAAGUUUGGAUUUUUUAAUUUUUAUUAAUAUUAAAUAAUACACUGACUAUUCCUUUUUUAAAAUUACAACAUUAGGCCAGUUGUGGUAGCUCAUGCUUAUGAUCCCAGCACUUUGGGAAGCCAAGGUGGGAGAAUCACCUAAGGCCAGGAGUUUGAGACCAGCCUGGGCAACACAGCAAGACCCCGUCUCCACAAAAAAUAAAAAAUUAGCCAAAUGUGGUAGUGUACACCUGUAGUCCCAGCCACUCAGGAAGCUGAGGUCGGAGGAUUGUUUGAGCAUGGGAGUUGGAGGCUACAGGGAGCCAUAAUUGUGCCACUGCACUCCAACCUGGGUGACAGAAACUCUGUCUUAAUUUAAAAAGUAAUAAUAAAAAUAAAUAAAAAUUACAACAUUAGACAUAAAGCUAAAAUUUUUUUAUUUUUUUUAGAAGGAAUCUCGCUCUGUGGCCAGGCUGGAGUGCAGUGGUGCAACUUCAGCUCACUGCAACCUCCACCUCCUGGGUUCAAGUGAUUCCCCUGCCUCAGCUUCCUGAGUAGCUGGGACUACAGGCACGCACCACCACACCCAGUAUUCUUUUGCCCCCACUAUCUCCUCAGCAACUCUAAGCUCCUCCUAUCUUCCCCAAGCUAAUUACUGAUAUAAAUUUGGGAUAUGGGCCAGGCACAGUGGCUCAUGCCUAUAAUCCCAGCACUUUAGGUGGUUGAAGCAGGAGGAUUGCAUGAGGCCAGUAGUUUGAGACCAGCCUGGUCGACAUAGUAAGACCCCCAUCGCUACAAAAAAAUUUAAAAAUUAGCCAGGUGUAGUGGUGUAUGCCUGUAGUCCCAGCUACCUGGGAGGCUAAGGCAAGAGGAUUGCUUAAGCCCAGGAGUUCAAGGCAGCAGUGAGCUAUGAUUGUACCCCUGUACUCCAAUCUGGGCAGCAGAGUGAGACCCUAUCUUUAAAAAAUAAAAAUAAAUAAAUUUGCAAUAUUUUGUACAUAAUUUGUUUAAGUGUGUUUUAACACAUUUUAAACUCAAUGAAAUUGUUAUAAUUAGUAUUGUCUUUUUGCUGCUUCAAGUCAGGUGCUUACAUCCUAGAAAAAUGUAGGAAGAAGGCCGGGCACGGUGGCUCAUGCCUGUAAUCCUAGCACUUUGGAAGGCCGGGGUGGGCAGAUCACUUGAGGUCAAGAAUUCGAGACCAGCCUGGCCAACAUGGUGAAACCCCUUCUCUACUAAAAAAUACAAAAAUUAGCCAGGUGUAAUGGUACAUGCCUGUAGUCCCAGCUACUCAGGUGGCUGGCUGAGGCACGAGAAUCACUUGAACCCAGGAGGCAAAGGUUGCAGUGAGUUGAGACUGCACCACUGUACUCCAGUCUGGACAACAGAGUAAGACUCCAUCUCAGAAAUAAAAUAAAAUAAAAAUCUAGGAAGAAAGAUUAGAAGGAUGUAUACCAAAAUAUUCUUGUUAUCUGAGAUAAUUACAGAUGUAUUUAAUGCUAUUAAAAAUACACAUACAAAACUAAUUUUAAGUACUUUUUUAUGCAGUCUAUAACCAAAUUUGUUUUUUCUAUGAAUCAAAAACAUGCUCAAAGUAAACAAAAUAAUCUCUGGGAAUCACCCUUCUUUCUCUUCCACCCCCUCCUCAUUAUUUCAAAUCAUAUUUCUUCUCUUUAUAAACUACUUUAUUAAUAAUGAACUGAAAGAGUAAAAUGGAAUUUUAGUAUAACAUAAAAGUAACAGUGGAUACUCAAGGGAAUUUUUUGAUACCUUUAAGACGGGAUAUUUCCCUUGACCUCUUCACAGGACUUGUGAAGGGGUAGCUCGUUUACUCAGCCCAAAGCUCUGAACCCCUCAAGAAGCGGGAGCACACAGGUGAGCAGGUGCAGGAGCCGGGGAGAACAAAUGCUGGAACCAUCUGGUCACUCCUCUCUGGUAGGAUCAAGCUUUGAGCAGGCCUCGCAGCAGCGUCCAAACAUGUUACAAUGCUCUUUUAGCUCUGCCUUCCAGGAGGGGGUGUCUGUGACCCCCAGAGCCCCAGAGGGCAUGUGUUACCAUCAGUGCUCUUUUAGCGUUUGCUGUCCGCAGAUGGCUAAGUGUUCAUCACCUCAGUGGAGAGUGAGGGUCACAGCCUUUUAUACUCUUCCCCUCUUGGUACUCAAGUUCUUGUCUGGCAUCCAGGAAGAAUCAGGUCACAAGAACCAGUUGAAGGGUGGUGUAUGCGGAUAAUUUUAUUGAGCGAUGGAAGUGGCUCUCAGUGGGAAGGGGAGCUGGAGAGGGAUGGAGUGAGCAGAUAAUCUUCCCCUGGAGUUUGGCCAUGCCUGGCCAAACUCUUCUCUGAAGUCCUGCCAUCAAGCCAUCCCUCUGAAGUCAAGCUGCUUUUCUCCAACUGCUUCUCUUCUCUCCUCCUCUGCCGCUCCGCUCUGCUCUCCUGCCAGUGGAGCUUGGGGGUUUUAUGGGUACAGGGUAGGGGGUGGGGCGGGCCAUGGUGGUUUUGGAAAAGGCAACAUUUGGGUGGGAAAACAGGGAUGUGAAGUUCUCAUUUAGGGCCUCGGGUCCAGGCUUGAGGGUGGAGUCCUCACCAGGGACCACACCCUUUUCUACGUAGUAUUUCCCUGCUUCGUGUUUGUAUGACCUUCACUUUCAGAUUCUUGUAGAAAUUAAUGUAAGUAUCACAUAUCUUCUUGCCCAUGUAGCGAAUCUGGUAUGAGACUGGGGUUUUGGCAGAUUUUUCAAAUUCUUCUGAUCUUGCUUAGCUAUUUGCAUUUGGAAUAAUACGUGGCAAACACCUUAUUGCAUGACAAGAUUCUCAACACAUUGUCAUAGCAUUCUAGAAUACAGAACCUUGAGGAACCUUUUUACCUCAUUGCCCAGACUUGAAGCUAAAAAAUACAUAUACUAUCUCAUAUGGGUGAGUAUAAUCUUAUCCAACUCUUGAAUGCUUCGUUUCCUCUAUAUACCCCUCCAUUAUGGCUGGAGUUCUUUUCUACUCCCUUACUGAUCCUUCAAAAAUCAGCUCAAUAACACUUCCUCUGAGAAGCUUUUCCAGAGUGUAAGAAUUUUCUCUUUCUAUUAAAAAUUAUUUGAACAUAUUUCUAAUGGCUGGGCAAUCCAGCUUAGAGAUCACCAUACUUUCAUUUGUUAUUUGAGGGCAUUUAGUUUUUUAUUCUAUAUAUGUUAUAAUAAAUAGCAUAGUGAUGACUGGUUGAUGGAAAAGCUUUGGACUACCUUGUGGAAUUGUUGCAUCAAAGCCUAUUGUUAAGCAUUACUUAAUUGCUCUUUGGAAAGAUUUCAGCAGUUUCUAAUGACUCAGUGUAUGAGUGUACUGGUCUCACUGCAGCUUCAGCAGCACUGAACAUUAUUGCUUCCUUAAUCUUUGCCAUUUAGACUAAAAAAUGGUGUCCUGUUUUUAAUUUAUAAGAAAUGAAUUUUGAAGGAGGACAUAGAAAACUGCACAGUCUAUGUAGUCUUCCAAAGGAAAAGCAUUUUGGAAUAAUAAUAGUAGUAGUUUACUCUGUGCCGGGUACUGUUUUAAACACUUUUCGUACAUUAACUUACUUAAUUCUCACAACAACCAUAUGAGGUAGGUACAUUAUUCAUUUUUGUACCAAUAACAAAACUGAGCUCAAAAAGGUUAAGUAAGAAAGCAUGGGUGAUAGACACUCAGAUUAACUAAAGAUAGAAGAAAAUACUGAGCAGUUAGGGAAUUAUUAUUUGUGUUGUAAUAGCAAAGCUAUAGCUUGUUCAACCAGCACUGAGAUUUUCCAAAAGAAGAAAAAAAAUCCAGUGGGUAAUUGUGCUAAUGCGACAGGAGAAUUGAGAGAAUUGAACUAUUCCCAUUCAGCAGCCCCUCUAAUUGCCCUCUGACUGAAGUUUUUGUUUUUUCUAAAGCAAGGCUCUAUUAAGAGUGAAAAAGUUACUUCCAGUAGUAGAAGAUAUCUGCAGCAUGUAGGUCCAACAAGGGAUUCAUAUGCAGAGUAUAAAACAAACACCUGCAAAUUAAUAAGAAAAGACCCAUCAACUCAAUAGAAAAAUGAGCAAAACACUUAAACAGUCACUUCAUAAAAGAGGAUAUCCAAAUGGCCAAUAAACAUCUGAAAAGGUGCUUAACAUCUUUAGUCAUCAGGGAAAUGCAAAUUAAAACCACACUGAAUACCCCACCUACCAGAAUAGCUAAAGUGAAAAACAGUAGAAAAUACUAAACUGUUGGAGGAGAUGCAGUUCAAAUAGAACUCUUGUUACUGCUACAGGGAAUAUGUUUAGUACAACCACUUUGUAAAAGUGUUUAGCAGUAUCUGCUAAAGUUGAACACAUACACUUUGACCCAUUGAUCUCAUGCCGAGGGCAUAUUCUCAAAAGAAAUACCCAUACCAGUUCUCUUCCUCAGUUUUCACAACGUCAUUUUUGCUGCAGUUAUUGAUCAUAAAAGUCACAAGGCCAGUAACACUCAAGGUGUAAGAAAAUAUAUUCCACCUCUUGAUGGAAGCAGUAGCAAAGUUAGAUGCAGAGGGGAAAGGUGGCAGAGAGGUAUGAUGCAUUGGGGGUUGUUAUUCUAACACUAUACCACGUUGUUGCUUUCUCAGCCCCUAGGUAUCUACCCUCUUUCUGCUAGGCAGUCUCACCUCUCCGGCAGUGAUCUUGGCCAAGAUUUAAGACAACCUCAUGAUAGGGUUUCACCAGAUCAUCCACAUGCUCCAUGGGAAAAAUCCCUUGCUUUGACAGUCCCUGAGAGUGCUAGUAGAUCUCAGUGUAGCAGCACCUUUCUGGUUCACCAUCAGAGAGGCAGGCAUUUUUGUGUUUUCUGGAAUCCCUGGCCAUGAGUCAGCCCCCAGGGUAACAGUCCAUUUAAUUUUCUCAGGCAUGAGUCAGGCACCAGUCAUCUCUCUCUCCAACUAAACGAAACACUCUUCAAAGAUGCACUUAAUGCCCCCUCACUAGGCCUGAUGUUGGAAGGCGGCAAUCUCCCACUCCUCCCCAGGUUGGAGAUUUACAACCUGACUACCACUGCCUCUAAAUAAACUCUUCCCUAGUCUUACAAAAGCUUUUUCCUCUCAGAUUCCAUUUUAUGAUCCUUACCUGGCUAAGGAGUCUAGAGGUUGUGCAACACCUUGUAGACUUGUGUCUAAACCAUUCUUUUUAUAAGUUCUACAUAGAGAGAUGUAUGUCUCACCCUCAGUUCAGUUUCUUGUUGUCUAUUAUACCACUUCUCAAGCAAAACUAGGCAAUUAGAGUCAUUUCUAUCCUAAAACCCCAUUUGUUAGCAGUGUACACAUGAUGUGUGGCUAAUGUGUAGCAAAACACUAUACACUAGUGUAUAUGUAUGAUAAUAGAGGAUAUGACAAAGUUCAGUGAGACCUCUCUACCUAACUGCUUGGUGGCUGAAUUGUGAAGGGGCAUGACAUGUGUGAGGGGUGACUGUGACUAGAAAUUAGGUGGAGGGAGUUGUGUGAAAUGAAGCUAGAGAGGUAUGAUGAGAUCCAUUUGUAAAAGCCCUAAUACUAGUAUAACCCUGGGGCAAAAAACAAAUCUAUUAGUCUUCCUGUAUGGAAAAGUACUGUAAUUUCUAUUCCACCACACUGUUGAUAUUAAAUGAGUUAAUAUAUGUGAAAAUCCUUUGGAGAAACCAUGUAUAGUAGACAGUAAGGGUCCCCCAAAAAUGUCCAUGUUCCAAUCCUCAAAAAUGGUAAAUAUUUGCCUUCUGUGGCAAAGAGGACUUGCAGACAUGAUUAAGGUUAAGAACUUUUAAAUGGGGAAAUUAACCUGGAUUGUCCAAGUGGACCCAACCUAAUCAUGAGUCCUUCAAAGCAGAGGACCAGUCAGCAAGAUAGUGGACUAAGAAGCUACAGGCCCUCCUUCUCCCACAGAGUCACCAAGUUGAUAGCAGUAUACCGACCAGAAUACCUCUGUGGGGAUGCUAAAGGUCAGUUGAGAAGCUACAGCACCAAAGUUAUUGUAAAACUAAGAAGGGAGCUGGGUGUGGUGGCUUACGCCUAUAACCCCAGCCAUUGGGAGGACAAGGCAGGCGGAUCACCUGAAGUCAGGAGUUCGAGACCAGCCUGGCCAACAUGGCAAAAACCCAUCUUUACUAAAAAUACAAAAAAAUUAGCCAGGCAUGGUGGCAGACACCUGUAGUCCCAGCUACUUUGGAGGCUGAGGCAUGAGAAUUGCUUGAACCCGGGAGGCAGAGGUUGCAGUGAGCCAAGAUCAUGCCACUGCACCCCAGCCUAGGCAACAGAGCGAGACUCCAUCUCAAAACAAAACAAAACCAAAACCAAAAAGGGAGUACCAGCAAAAGGGAUAGGAAAAGAAGGACAUUAUAUAGUGAUGGAAAAGUCAAUGCUCUAAGAAAAUAUAACAAUUAUUAAUAUUUAUGCACCAAACCUCAGAGCACUUAAAUAUAUGAAGUAAACUUUGACAGAAUUGGAGAUAGAAUUAGAUAGCCACAUAAUAGUAGGAGACUUCAAUACCCCACUUUAAAAAAAAAUGGAGAGAACAACCAGCAGAAGAUCAAUAAGGAAAUAAAGAAAUUAAACAACACGGUAGAUCAGUUGGACCUAAAAGAUAUAUACAAAGCACCCCACCCUAACAACAGUAGAAUAUACAUUUUUUUCUAGGGCGCAUAAAACAUUCUCCAGAUAAACCACAUGUUAAACCACAAAACAGGUCUUAACAAAUUCAAGAAAAUGGACAUCACAAUGGAUUAAACUGGAAAGCAAUAGCACAAAGAAUAUGGAAAAAAUCUACAAAUAUGUAGAAAUUAAACAACAUACUACUUUUGACCAAUAGGUCAAAGAAGAAGUCACAAAGAAAAUUGGAAAAUACCUUGAGACAAAUUAGAAUGGAAACAAUAUUUCAAAACUUAUGAGAUGCAACAAAAGCAGCACUAAGAGAAGUUUAUAGCUAUAAAUGUGUACAUUAAAAAAGAAGAUCUCAAAUCAACAAGCUAACUUUACACCUUAGGAAACUAGAAAAAGAUGAACAAACUAAAUCCAAAGCUAGCAGAAGAUAAUAAAGAUUAGAGCAGAGAGAAACUAAAUAGAGAACAGAAAAACAGAAGGAGAAAAUCAACAAAACUAAGAGUAGCUUUUUGAAAGGAUCAAUAAAAUUGACAACCCUUAGCUAGAUUGACUUAAAAAAAGACAGAAGACUGAAAUAACUAAAUAUAAAUGAAAGAAGAGACAGUAUAAUUAAUGCCAAAGAGAUAGAAUAGUAUAAGUGAAUACUAUGUACAGCAACAAAUUGGAUAAUCUAGAAGGAAUGGAUGAAUUCGUAGAAAUAUACAACCCACCAAAACUGAAUCAUGAAGAAAUAGAAAAUCUGAGCAGACCAAUAGCAAAUAAGAAUAUUGAGUCAAUAAUCAAAAACCUCCCAACAAAGAAAAGUCCAGGACCAGAUGACUUCACUGGAGAAUUCUACCAAACAUGUAAAGACUAAUUAACAUUUGUUUUCCUCAAAGUCUUCCAAAAAAUUGAAGAGGAGGAAACACUUCUAAGCUUAAUCUAUGAGGCUAUCAUGACCCUGAUACCACAGUGAAAGACACUACAAGAAAAGAAAACUAUACACCAAUAUCCCUGAUGAAUAGUGAUGCAAAAAUCUUCCACAAAAUACUAGCAAACAGAAUGCAAUAGCACAUGAAGCAGAUUAUACGGCACAAGCAAAUAAGAUUUAUUCCUGGACUGCAAGGAUGGUUCAGCUGGUGAAAAUCAGUCAGUGUAAUACACCACAUUUACAAAAUGAAGAGCAAAAGCCACAGGAUCAUUUCAAUGGAUGUAGAAAACACAUUUGACAAGAUUCAACACCCUUUUAUAAUAAAACACUCAACAAACCAGGGAUAGAAGUAAACUACUUCAACAUAUUAAAGGCGAUUUAUGCAAAGUCUACAGCUAACAUACUCAAUGGUGAAAGACUGAAAGCUUUUCCUCCAAAAUCAGGAAGAAGGCCAAGAUGCCCACUCUGGCCGCUUCUAUUCAACAUAGUGUUAGAAUUUCUAGCCAGAGCCAUUAGACAAGAAAAAGAAAUAAAAGUAUCCAGAUUGGAAAGAAAGAAGUAAGACUACCUCUGUUGGCAGUUAACAUGAUCUUAUAUGUAGAAAACCAUAAAGAUUUCACAAAAAAAAAACUAUUAGAAUUAAUAAAUGAAGUCACCAAGUUGCAAGAUACAAAAUCAACACAAAAAUUAGUUGCAUUUCUGUACACUAUCAAUAAACAAUCUGAAAAGGAAACUAAGAAAACUGCAAUUUACAAUAGCAUCAAAAAGAAUAAAAUACUUAGGAAUAAACCUAACCAAGGAGGUAAAACACUUGUAUGCUGAAAAUUGUAGAACAUUGCUGAAAGAAAUGAGAGAAGACACAAAUAAAUUAAAAGACAUCUUGUGUUCAUGGAUUGGAAGACAAUAUUGUUAAGAUGUUCAAACUACCCAAAGCAAUCUGCAGAUUCAAUACAAUCCCUAUCAGAAUUCCAGUGGGGGCCAGAGGCAGUGCCUCAUGCCUGUAACCCCAGCUCUUUGGGAGGCCAAAGCGGGUGGAUCUCUUGAGCCCAGGAGUUUGAGACCAACAUGGGCGACAUGGCGAAACUCAUUUCUACAAAAAAAUACAAAAAUUAGCUGGGUAUGGUGGCAUGCUCCUGUAGCCCCAGCUACUCAGGAGACUAAGCUGGGAGGAUCUUUGAGCCUGGGAGGUUGAGGCUGCAGUGAGCCAUGAUUCCACCACUACACUCAAGCCGGGGCAACACAUCAAGACCCUGUCUCAAAAAAAGGAAGAAAAUUCCAAUGACAUUUGUUGCAAAAUAGAAAAAUUCAUCCUAAAAUUCAUAUGGAAUCUCAAGGCACCCUAAAUGGCUAAAACAAUUUUGAAAAAGAGUAACAAAAUUGAAUGACUCACAUUUUCUUAUUUCAAAAAUUAUUACAAUGAGACAGUAAUCAAACUGAUGUGUUCUGUCAUAAAGACAGACAAAUAGACCAAUGGAAUAGAAUACAGAGCCCAGAAAUAAAUUAUCUUAUAUAUGGGCAAAUGACAUUCAACAAAGGUACCAAUAAUAGACAAUGCCAAAGGAUAGUUUCUUCAACAAAUGAUAUUGGAAUACUGGGUAUCUGCAUGUAAAAGAAUGAAAUUGGAUCCUUACCUUAUGCUGUAUACAAAAAUUAACUCAAAGUGGGUUAAAGACAUUAACAUAAGAUCUUGGUUGGGUGCAGUGGCUCACUCCUGUAAUCCCAGCACUUUGGGAGGCCAAGAAGGGUGGAUCGCUUGAGUCCAGGAGUUUGAGACCAGCCUGGGAAACAUUACAAAACCCUGUCUCUACAAAAACUACAAAAAAUUAGCUGGACAUGAUGGCAUGCACCUGUGGUCCCAGCUCCUCAGGAGACUGAGAUGGAAGGAUCUCUUGAGUCUGGGAACAGAGGUUGCAGUGAGCCAAGAUUGUGCCACUGGCUGCACUCCAGCCUGGGUGACAGAGCAAGACCCCAUCUGAAAAAAAAAGAAAAAAGCCCAUUAACAUAAGAUCUAAAACUUUAAAACUCCUAGAAGAAAACACAGGAGAAAGCUUCAUGACAUUUGACUUUGCAAUGAUGUUUUGGAUAUGACAACAAAAGCACAGGCAAGAAAAGCAAAAAUAGACAAAUGAGACUACAUUAAAUUUAAAAAUUGUUGUGCAUCAAAGAAUACAAUCAGAGUGAAAGACACCCUAUAGAAUGGCGAAAAUAAUUGCAAAUCAUAUCUCUGAUAAGGAGCUAAUAUUUAGAAUAUAAAGAACUACAACUCAACAACUGAAAAAUUAAAAAAUCCAAUUAAAAUAUAGGCACAGAA